CAAAAUACUGGUAUGGUUCCAUGGAGUACCAACAUACUGUCAAUAAAUAAUAAUAUGUAUUAAAAUCGCAGCCCUUCGCUUAAAUAAACGGUUGAAAUAGUGAAAUAGCCAAAUUCUUCAUUCAGACUUGAAGAUUCGAUAUGCAAGGGCUAGAAAAGUCCGACAUUUUACAUAAGUUGUAUCAAACAACAUAUAAUAAAGGAGCUAAUCUUUUACGGACUAUCGAUAAUAAUCCCGAAUUAGACAGAACUGUUAAGAAGACAAGUGAUAAUUUAACCGAUACUGUUCAUACUAUUGCUAACGAGCCUUCGUUAGCUUUCUUUCGAAUUGAGGAACAUGUUCGAAAGAAUGUUCCAUUACUAGUUCACCACAAACAUGGAAUGGAGGAAAAGCGUAAAGAAGUGAGUGGAGCAUGUUACGAUAUGGAAUAUGCAAUUACAGAGACUGACAGAAUAAAAUAUGGAAGUCCACAUCUAGGCAACACAAAACACUUGAUGAAGGAUGCUAUAUUCUACAUGCAGCAAUUAAAUGCAAUUUCUGUGAAGAACCAGUCUUCCAGGCUAUCCAGAACUCAAACUGUCGAUAUGUCAGACAGCAGGUUUAGAGCUACUAAUCAAUCUGCAAGGAGACCUAGAUCAUCUUCCUUGACUUCUUCGGGAAGACAUCAGACUCCAUAA